AGAGAGAGGCUAAAAGAGGACAGGUAACUCGGACACAGUCAUUAAUGAACAGAUGAAGCGUUUUCCUCUCGUUAAUGACGAACAGAACUUCAUGCAGGAGGAACCUGAGAUGAUCCUGUGAUAAAUAACAGAUUCUUCAUCCACUCGGGAGAUACUUUAGGAUGUGAUGCGUUUUCAGAAAAAGUAGACCUGACCCAUCUGAGAAGAUUCAAUCAUUUCUCAGUUGAAUAGGCCAUUAGAAGUCCAGACUUACACAUCUUCCUCUUGAGGUAAAGUCUUUAGGGAUGAGUGUUCCCACUAAGGAACGGAAGCCCAAGAAACCCCAUUACAUCCCUCGCCCCCCUGGCAAGCCUUUUAAGUACCACUGCUUUCAGUGCCCUUUCACAUGCAAUGAGAAAUCUCACUUGUUCAACCACAUGAAGUACAACCUGUGCAGGAAUUCACUUUCAUUGCUGUCCAAGAAAGCCAAGAGUCCUAUCCCCCAGACUGCCAUGGAAGUUAGCACUGAAACAGCGACUGUAGAAACACCUUUGGGUGUUUCUUUGCAAGCUACUGGUGACAUGAAAGAUAUUUCCAAGGUCCAGCAGAAAGAUGUCUAUGUGACCACACCAAAAAAUCUUCAGAGAAGCAACACCCCUGAAAAAGAGACAAAAUCUCCAACAGAACAGACCUCUCCAGAUGAAUCUGAGACUGUACCAUUGUCCAGUAGUGGUGGGGAACAGGUUACUUCAGCUACUGAAUCUGGUGAAAAGGAAGGACAGCAUUCUUCUGCAACACUUUCUUCUGCCUUUUCACCUAUUUCUGCCUUUCAGGAGGAGGCCACCUCAAGCACUUAUAAACCAGAAAGGUCCCUCCCAGAUCCCUAUCCCCAUGUAUACAACCCAGUUCCUAUUCGGAAACCUCUGCAGUCAUUCCUUGCUGACCCUGAAAUUAUCAGCGACAAGCUUCAAAAGGAGGAAAAAGAGACAGAACCUAUGUACCAAGACCUGGAGUGUCCUCCUUAUACCUUAUCCCCUCAUCUUUACCCUGUCCAUCCCUCGUAUUCACCUUACCUUCUUCCUGGCAAUUGUUACAACCACUUCCCUUCUCCGGCACAGAUACCUCCUUACAUCUUGGAUGCUCAAAGAUUCCACCAACUCUUGCCCGGUGUGUUACCUGUCCACACCCACACCCUCCCAACGUACCCUACUGUGGACCAGUAUUACAGAUUCUGCCAUUCAACUCCCUCUUUAAGCUACAGCACGUACCAUCCUCCUGACCAGACCCAUCUUACUUCUCUUCAUUACCCACAGAUGAGCCAUUCUAUACUAGAUGUACACAGAGGGUGCCUGGGUAACACAAGACCCGAUGGUUUGUACAACUCAAAUCCCUAUUUUGAUCAAUACAUGAUGACCCAAAGGGCCAUGCUUCACCAGGCACACAUGCUAGAAUCACAUGUUGGAGUAGGCCAAGAAAGCAGAUUUGGCUGUUCAGCAGCUGGGUCACCAGACAGGCCAAAUGCAAAAAAUCACACUCUGAAAGACCAGCACACCCAGAAUGGAAGUGGUAUGGCAGUCCUAUGCAGCCAAACAGGAGACAGAAAUGCUGCUGCACCUCCAGAAGAAGAUGGAAUAGUACAAGAUAACUCCACACAUCAUCUAGAGAGUUCAACAUCAAGGCCAACAGAACAAGAGACCACUCCACUGAACCUCUCUAAAAAGGAGCUCAUAAGACUGACAACAUCUGCCCAUCCCAAGACCAGAGAGAGCUUCCUUGAUAUUCCUCUGAACCUCUCUCUAAAGCCAUCCUCCAGCACACCUCACUCACAAACCCAGUCACAAGAUCCUCUGCACAUGGAAAAGGUCUUUCAAGGGGCCGUGGACACUAUGGCACCACAAGAUCAAGACGACACCACGGAUGAGCAGAAACAUACGGCUGCUUUUGCGUUGUGUCAGCUGGCACAGUCUAGUCUGCCAGCCCAAAUGCAAAGCUCAGAGACCAGUGCACAGUUUAGCAAAUAUGCCACCACUAACACUGAUGAAGGACUUAACAAUGAUAAAAUCGACUGUGCUCAAGCUCUGAACAACUACAUGGACAGUGGAGCAACAGACACUUCCCAAAACAAGACUUCAACCCAUGAAACUGCUGAAACUGCUUCAGAUAGUUCUGAUACUACCAAAACAAAUAUUCCUGAACUUCCUAAUCCCGAAUCUGCUGUGGAUGUCACCUGCCCCACAACUUGCACUGAAAAUGUUACAGUCUUUCCAUCCAAAUCUAAGGCGAAGACUGAAAAAGGUGGAACGCAGAAUGCAAAGAGAAGACGACACCUGGCUCGUAGUAACCACAUUCUGAGGAAAAGGCUUCGCUGUUAGUGGAAUUUAACACCAGGGAUGCAGACUGUGGCUACAAAUCAGUCCAUUGACCUGUUACUGUGUCCUUGAACCUGAUUUCCUUCAGAGACGCUAAAACAUAGUAUCUAAGUACGGCAUGCCUGGAAGGAAUGGAAAAAGGACAUUUUAAAGUGAUAAAAAAACAUUUGUUUGUCUUGUGUAAAUAUUCCCAAAUGAUAAGAACUUGUAUAACCCUAUGCUUUUUUUAGUUUUUUAAAUAAAAUUUUGUAUUCCAUCGUUUCUGAUCCUAGUACU